GUACCACCCAAGCAUUACAAACAAUUCUGCAAAAGCUUGACCACUUGACCCACCCAGCAAUUGGUUCUCGUAAGCUCUAUGUCCCGUUCCGAGCAGCAUCCGUUGCUUGACAAGAGGCGUCCCUCUGUCAAAUUCAGAGAUGUAACGGUCAAUUCAGAAGCCGAUUUGGAGCACACUUUCAAUGAUAUUUAUGAUGCUAUUGCUGACGACAACCUUUUGGACGAUGAAGAGCUCGACGAAGAUGCGAUCUGGCUUCGUGAACAACGUACGUUGAACAAGACGUUGCAUUGGUUGAAAAGGCCAUCGUUAUUCAUCUUGGGAAUCAAUGUGUUUGUGUUUGCCUUUGCAGAUUUGACGGCGGAGAGCACUCGACAAUUGAUUUAUUUCAAAUUGGCCUGUAACAGUUUACUACAAGAAAGUGGAAGCGGACUGUGUGACGCUGCACAGGCCGAAGUGAUGGUAUCUCAUAUGAAGGCGUGUUUUGGAGUGGCUGCUAGUGUUAUCGCUUUGUUGGUGAUGACCAAGGUAGGGUCGUUAUCAGACCAAUACGGGCGUAAAUACUUUAUGGUUGCAGUGGUACUCGAUAUCUUUUUAACAAGAGCCUUAAAGUACUACUUGUUGUCAAGAUAUGACCACUUGAUGUUCAAAUGGUUGGUUUUUCUGGAGGCUCUUGCUAGUAUUACUGGAGGUAUGAUGACGUUUAUGAACUUGGUCAACUGCUAUAUUGCGGAUAUCGCAGACUACCAUGAGCGGAGUUAUUUCUUUGGAGUGGGAAUCUCCUUUUUCUAUGCGGGGGUUUCCUUGGGUCCUGUGAGCUCUUCGUUCUUGAUGGAGUUUACAAAGAAGUUUAGAGCCGCCAGACCACAGGUCAUAGUGGCCGAUGCAACCAUCAAUGCAGUCGAACCCUAUGAGUGGGAUCCGUUGAGGUUGGAAUUGGUUGCGUUUGCCGUUUGUCUGGUGCUUGCUAUCUUUAUGUUACCGGAGUCAAGACCAGAAAAGUCGAGGAGAAGGUCCAGAAGCCUUUCAGUAAUCAGCCGAACCACUGUUGGCGCAGAGGACCAAAAACCACUUAGUUUGCACACCAUUACUUCUAAAGUUGUGGGCUCAAUCACCACCUACUUUAGUCCUUUAAAGCUUCUUUGGAUUCCAGAAGAAUUCAAGCCUGUGAACUACACCGAUGGUAGAUUUUACCGGGAAAGAAUGGCAGUGAUUCUUCUAACCACUUGUGAUUGUUGCUUGACUUGUAUGAGCACAGGGUCGGGGCAGGUGUUUAUGUUAUACGGGAUUUUGAAGUUCAGCUGGAGCGCAGGCACGCUUGGUUAUGUUCUUUCGAUCACGUUUGCGGCCAAGGCCUUCACGUUGAUAAUCUUGGCUCCAUUCUUGAACCAUUUCGUUUACCACAAGGUGUUCCAUUUCAAAGUGAUGAAACGUCAAUUAGACAUGCUUGAUUUUGUUAACAUUACAGUUGGAUUACUGGUUGAUGCGUUGACAUUGUUCUGGUAUCCGUUCAUCAAUACUACGCCAGUAUUUCUUGGUGUACUUGGACUUUCGAGUUUCUCAGCGUUGGCAAGUCCUUCCUUAAACUCAGCUAUUGUCAAAUAUUACCCAGACUCUCAAACCGGGGCACUCUUCUCUGCCAUAUACUUGGUAAAGAACAUUUGUAACAUCACCGUGCCCGUCUUGAUGCUCACCAUCUAUAACUAUUCCAUCACCGAUUGGAAUAAUCCCGGAAUCUUGUUUCAAAUCAUGGCCGCGUGUCUUUUGAUGUUGGUGGGCUUUAUGUUCAUAGUGAAGAGGCUUUUGAACUUGAGUGGUACUUCUUCGGCCGAGGUGCUAACCCGGACCAGCUCGUUCAGUCGGUCUAGAAGUAAUUCAGUUGCCCACUCCCGAAGUGGGUCUAUAAGUUCUGUCAAUGUGACUAUUCCUGCUGCAGGCGCCUCUUCUGAUUAUUUCCAGAGCGCUGAUUCGGGUUCUCGAGCAGAUUCAGAAGGCAGCCCUCAGAAACUUGCUAACCCCAUGAGCAACACCCUUAAGAAAAAUAGCUCUUUUUCUGGAAACGUUUGAAAAUACUUAGUUCAAUCCCUCUAAUUCAAUUCAUUGUGUAUGUCUUAAUUUUAUCCAACCGCGACUG